AUGUUCAAAUUUUGCAUUUUUAUCGCCCUUUUUGGGUUUUUCCAAAUUUCCAAGCAAAACUCCUUGCUGGAAUCCGCUGAAACGAUCGAAAAAACUUUCAAUCGUGAAUUUACGAGUUUUGCUCAAACGGGCGUCGUUUCCUCAGAAUUGCUUGAACUUUAUGACGUUUUGAGACUCCCGAAUGAGGUUCGAUAUACCGAAAUCGGGGAUCUUCCUGAAGCUGCAAGUAUCGCAACUUGCUUGGCGUGUCGCGCUACAAUCUCAACUUUUAUCAAUUAUCGUCGCAAGGACAAUAUGACGAUGGAGCAAAUUUCCGUAUUGGCGAUUGAAUUGUGUCAGCGCUUGAAUAUCCAAACGGAUUACGUUUGUCAGAACAUGGUUGGCGAAAUGGCGCCGAUUUUGUUGUACAUCGUCGAUAAUUAUCCCGAGGUAGGAGCUCAUGACACAUGUGCCAUUGUUGCGCAAAGUGAAAAGUGUGGAGAGCCAAAGCAUGAAAUGUUCGAUUUGGAAAUUGAAGUUGAUGGAAAUGUGCCGGAAAUCAAAGGACACAAAGAAGCAAGUCCCAGAAGCGGAGAAACGUACAAAAUUAUUUACAUUGGAGACAUUCAUUACGAUCCGAGUUACAUGGUUUCGGGAAAUGCAGUUUGUGACGAGCCUACGUGUUGUCGCGUUAAUCAAGGACCUCCGUCGGACCCAAAGGGAGCAGCUGGUCGUUGGGGUGACUAUCGCAACUGUGACAUGCCCUUAGAAACGCUACGAAAUGCUUUCCAUACAAUGAACCAACUUCACGGAGACGCAGAUCACGUUUACUUCGCCGGAGACAUCAUCGAUCACGGCGUUUGGGAAACAUCAACUUACGGAAAUAUCAUAAAUAUCGAAACAAUAAUGGCCUUAAUGAAAAUCGAGUUGCCUUUGGUUCCCAUUUUUGCUACUUUAGGCAAUCAUGAAGCGCAUCCCGUAAACAUUUAUGCUCCGUCGUACAUCACAGAACCCAGUUUGUCAUCUAAAUGGCUUUUUGACUAUAUUUCAUCGCUUUGGAGUCAAUGGUUGCCCGAAUCAUCGUUGGCUACAGUCAAAAAAGGCGGUUAUUACACGACUUUAAUUGCCCCGCGUUAUCGUUUAAUCGUCUUGAACAACAACGAUUGUUACACAUAUAAUUUUUGGUUGUUAACUGGCGCCAAUCAACUUCGGGAACAACUUCAAUGGUUGCACGAUACCUUAUUGCAAGCUGAAAAAAAUGGCGAAAAAGUUCACAUUAUGCGACAUAUCCCGAUCAGUUCAUCCGAUGCCUUCCGUUAUUGGACCCGAGAGUACAUGCGAAUUGUUGAGCGUUUUAGUCACGUGAUUGCGGCGCAUUUUGAAGGUCACACGCAUAAAAAUGAAAUUGGAGUGUUCUAUGAUCGCGAAAAUGUUGAACAUGCGAUUAAUGUGGCUUUUAAUGCGGGAUCACUGACGACUUAUUCCUUCUUGAAUCCGAAUUUCAUGGUUUUGUAUGUCGAUAAGGAGAGUUUGGAAGUGCUCGAUAUGGAAAGUUACAUGUUUAAUUUGACAGAAGCCAAUUUGCAUCCUUAUGAUAACCCGAAAUGGUUUGAAUCGUACUCGUUUAAGCAAUUUUGGGGAUUGGAAGAUUUGAGUCCGAAAUCUAUUAAUGGGUUGGUUGAACGGUUAGUUGCUGAUAAAAGUGAAGCUGCAAAGUAUUUCAAGCAAAAAACCAAAGAAGGCGAUCUCCAAGGGGAAUGCAGCGACAAAUGUCUCAACAGUCAUAUUUGUCGCAUCGUAUCCAACGAAUUUGGCGAUGAACGCAAGUGCAAACAACUUAAUUUGAAGUAAUCGGAAGUUAUUUUUGACAACAAAAAAAUAUAUGAUAAUUUUUUAUCAACUUUUAUUAUUAUUUAUUCAUCAAUUGUAAAAAGUUCACAUUAUUUCUGACU